AGGCAGAGCGAGGCUCGCCGCACGGGCAGCGCACAGGUGCCAAGCGAAGAAGCAGGAGCCGCAGGACGCCCGAGAUGCCCGCCUUGCCCGCCGCCCUACUCGCCCUCCUGCUCCACGUUCACCUCUGCAGGCCGGCUCCGGUGAACGGAUCAAAGUGGUCCUACAUCGGUCCUGAUGGGGAAAAAGUGUGGCCAAAGAAGUAUCCCUUUUGUGGAGGAGUCUUCCAGUCUCCCAUUGACUUCCACAAUGACAUCCUCCACUAUGACUCCGCCCUUCUGCCAGUAGAGCUGGAAGGCUACAACGUCUCCUCGGAGGUCAAGUUCCUCUUGACCAACAAUGGCCAUUCAGUAAAAAUGAAUCUCUCUUCGGCCAUGCGUAUCCGGAAUUUCUCCUUCCAAUACUCAGCAGCGCAACUCCACUUACACUGGGGAAAUCGGAACAAGCAGGAAGGAUCCGAGCACACGAUCAGCGGGAGGCAUUUUGCGGCUGAACUGCAUAUUGUCCACUACAACUCCGAGCAGUACGUAGAUCUGAAAUCGGCAGUUGACAAGCCCAACGGGCUGGCAGUCUUGGCCAUCCUGAUGGAGGAGGGAGAUUUCAACCCGUCCUUUGAAAAGAUCUUCAGCCAUUUCCAACAUGUGAAAUACAAAGGCCAGGAAGCCAUCGUCCCAGGUUUCAACGUCCGAGAUUUGCUCCCAGAGAGACUGGAUGACUACUACCGCUAUGAAGGCUCUUUGACCACACCACCAUGCUAUCCAAGCGUCCUCUGGACGGUUUUCCGAAAACCCGUAGAAGUUUCAGUGGGACAGCUGCUGGCGCUCGAAACCACCCUCUACUGCACCGAGUCAGACGACCCCUCCCCUCUGAAAAUGGUGGACAACUUCCGGAGAGUCCAGGAAUUUGACGAGAGGAUGGUUUCCGUCUCCUUCCAACAAGAUCCGGCUCCCGGGGAAGGCAGCCCAGGUUUUGUCCUCUUUGUGGUGUUGGCCAGUGUCCUUGGCAUCGUCUUUGUCACCAUGGUAGCCUUCUGGCUGAUUCGGAGGAAGAGCCUCCGAAGGGUCAAGGAAGAGAAAGGGGUGAUCUACAAGCCCGCAGUCACCAAGGAGGAAGAGGAGGAGGAGCAGGAGGAGAACAUCUCCAAAGCUUAAACCGCUGCAGUGCUCAAGCUUUACAUAUCCUUAACAGCUGGAUGAGCCAAGCGUUGGUCUCUCUGUUUAUUGGCCAAGUUGGGUUUCUGGAUCCCUUGGGUGCAAAGAGAAGAGGGCGCUUCUCCCUUCUGUACAGGAUUUUAAUGGUCGGAGACAAAGAUCUCCCUCCAAAGAAUCAAAUAAAUUCUGGGAGAGUUCUGGGCUUUGCUUAGGAUUAUAGCACCUAAAUGUGAUAUUUAUGAAUAAUCAUAAUAAUCUGCCUCAGAAAAGCCACUGUUUAUCUACUGAAUAGAUGAAUUUCCUUCCUGCCCCCAUAAAAUAAUUACUGCUGAUGUUAGGAAUAGAUCACUAGGAUACUUAAGUGUUUAUGUUAAGGUCUUACAGCAUGGAUUCUCCAAACCUGGCAACUUUAAGCCUUGUGGGCGUCAACAGUCAUAUAAACGGCAUAUAAAUCUAAUAAACCUAACAGUCCUCUGCAUGGCUGGCCGAGUUGAACUCCUCAAGUCUUAAAGUGGCCACGUUUGGAGACCCCACCCCCUGCCUUAAAGGCAUAAUUCAGUUCUCUUUGAAGUCCUACUGAUUUUAGCAGGAAUUACUUGUCUUUUUCACCUCUUCUAUUUAAGUCUAAAAUAAGCUAUACUAAACCUGACUUCCAAGGAAUAUGUGGAGAUAGAAUGGUGGCUCUGGGCUGUACUUGGGUCUCUGGGACUGAAGACCGAGCAACUCAGGUUUUAAGAAUUGUGCCAGGCUGAAGGCAGCUACUCCAAGCAGAGAAUGGGCAAAAGGAAGGUCAGAUGAAAUACUCUUAAUACUAUCUACUCUGAAAUCAGGGGGAACUCAUCUUAUUGGAGGGCUCCAGGCGUUGAUUCCUUCCUACAGUGACUUAUAAGGAACUUGCAGGUUUGAAGAGUCUCUUAUGAUGGUCUCCUAGAGAUAAUGUGCAAUUUUAUGUAUCAUCGUACAAUACAUAUUUUUAUUAAGA